AGGGACCUGGGACAAGAGUGGCAACCAUGGGGUUCCACGGGCAACAGUCUCCCCUGCUGCUGCCACUGUUGGUGCUGGUGACCUGUGUCCAGCCUGGGACAAAUCUGGAGAGCAUUAACUAUGUCCCGCAGCUCUCCAGCGACAUCCUGGAUGGGAGGCUCACUCAGUCCACCUUUGCACUGGAGCAGCCCCUGGGCCAGUUUGAGAAUGUCAGCCUCUCUGACUGGGACCCCAUCUGGCUGGUGGUGGCUCACAGCAACGCCACCCAGAGCUUUGCCGCGCCACAGAAGGUAGAGGACACACAUGCCCCGGCCAACUUUGACCGCAAUGGCUACUACCUCACAAUGAGGACCAGCUGGGUAUACUACAAGGCCAGCCAGCCCGACAGCCAGCUCAGAGUCCUCCGAGUCCUCCGUGUUGGCAAUGAUAACAGCUGUUCCCUGAUGUCCCGGGGCUGUAACGCUCCUCUGCCAAGGGCGGGUCCCUACAGAGUCAAGUUCUUGGCCAUGAGUGCCAAGGGGCCUGUGGCUGAGACGAAAUGGUCCGAGGAGAUCUACCUGCAACAAGCCCAGACAUUCCAAGGAGCCCCAGGGUCCCAGAGCAAAGGUGCUGUGGUCAUCAUCGCCUUCUCGUCAAUCCUGCUGGCUAUCCUGCUUGCGGUCUUCCUUGUGCUGGUCAUAUCCGCUUACUGCUGGGGCACUGCUGUGUCCAGCCCAGAGGAGCAAGUGCGCAUAAAACGGUAUCGCACCCACCACGUGGACAGCCUUCGAGCCGAGCGGAGCUCCUGAGAGGUGACAAAGGGCUUUCUCCAGGAGCCAAGAUGCUGAGCCUGAGCCAGGGCCUGCCUGGAGCCUAGGGGAAGGUGUUUUCAGCGCAAAGCUUGGACUAGCCAGUCCUUUCCAUAAAUAAAGUUCCCUA